AUGGCAUACGUCUACAAAGUCAGUCUCUCCAUCCCCCUGUGCAGCGUCGCCUCGUCCGCGCGUGCGUGUGCUAGCAGCAGCACGCGACGCGUGCCCUCGCCCUCUGCGCUUCCGAUUUUUGACCUUUGGAACAGUGCAAAUACUGACCCGCUUGCAUCGUUCUUUCACACGUCUUCCGCUUCUCUCUCGGCCAAACGUCAACCCCCAACCUUCAGCGUGGUGAGUGUCUCCUUCCCUGCCUCUCUGGAGCGGCUUUCCUCUUCUGCUCGACGCGUCUCAAGACCGCUUCGCUGACAUCAGCCAUUCCCUCCCCGGCGCGCGCAUCCUCGAUCUCGCCUUUGUUCGCUGCCUCUGUUCACAGAUGGCCGACGAGAGCUCGUCGCCUUUGACAAGAUGUAAGCAUCCUGUCUCCUUUCUGAGUCGACACCGUGAUGCCCGUCCUGACCAUGACACUUGUCUCUGCCUCAGUACCGCUCGCAUCAGCAAGCUCUGCUAUGGACUUGACCUCAACCACCUCGAACCCAUCGAGGUCAGUCACUGCCCAUCACUUACUCCGUUCAGCUCAAGGCUUGUUCUGACUCCCUCGUCACCUUGCGCCAUCGUACAGAUCACAAAGCGCGUCAUCGCCGGCGUGUACCAGGGCGUGACCACCGUCGAGCUCGACAACCUCGCCGCCGAGACUGCUGCUGCCAUGACCACGCGUCAUCCUGUGAGUUGUGCAUUCUACACGUUCUCCAUUUCCAACCGUGAAGGGCUCACCAACACUCUUCGCGCUCUUCAACUACUCCGUUCCCAGGACUACGCGAUCCUCGCCGCGCGUAUCGCCAUCUCGAACCUCCACAAGGAGACGCGCAAGACCUUCUCACACGUCAUCGAAGACCUCUACACUUACAUCAACCCCAAGAACGGUCGCCCUUCGAGCAUGAUCUCGCAGGAGACAUACGAAGUCAUCAUGGCCAACGCCGACCGCCUCAACAGCGCCGUUAUCUACGACCGCGAUUUCGGCUACAACUACUUUGGCUUCAAGACGCUCGAGCGCUCCUACUUGCUUCGCAUCGACGGCAAGGUCGCCGAACGCCCGCAACACAUGCUCAUGCGCGUCGCCGUCGGCAUCCACGGUCACGACAUCGAGCGCGUCUUGCAGUCGUACAACCUCAUGUCCGAGCGCUACUUUACCCACGCCUCGCCGACGCUCUUCAACGCCGGAACGCCUCACCCGCAGCUUUCGUCGUGUUUCCUGGUCACCAUGAAGGACGACUCGAUCGAAGGCAUCUACGACACGCUCAAGACGUGCGCGCUCAUCUCCAAGACCGCCGGUGGUAUCGGUUUGAGCAUCCACAACAUCCGCGCGACCGGCUCUUACAUCGCCGGCACGAACGGCUACUCGAACGGCAUCGUCCCCAUGCUCCGUGUCUACAACAACACCGCGCGCUACGUCGACCAAGGUGGCAACAAGCGUCCCGGAGCCUUCGCGAUCUACCUCGAGCCAUGGCACGCUGACGUCUUCGAGUUCCUGGACCUUCGCAAGAACCACGGCAAGGAGGAGGUCCGCGCUCGUGAUCUCUUCUUUGCGCUCUGGAUUCCCGAUCUGUUUAUGGAGCGUGUCGAGGCCGCCAGCGAGUGGCCCCUCUUCUGCCCCGCUGAAGCCCCCGGCCUCCACGAAGUCUAUGGCGAAGAGUUCCGCGCCUUGUUCGAGAAAUACGAAAAGGAGGGCCGCGCCAAGAAGACGAUCCCCGCGCAAAAGCUUUGGUACGCGAUUCUUGAAGCCCAGGUCGAAACCGGCAACCCGUUCAUGCUCUACAAGGACGCCGCAAACAAAAAAUCGAACCAAAAGAACCUUGGCACGAUCAAGUCGUCGAACUUGUGCACCGAGAUCAUCGAGUACUCGGCGCCCGAUGAGUGCGCCGUCUGCAACUUGGCCUCGAUCGCGUUGCCGAGCUUCAUCAAGAACGGCGUGUACGACUUUAAGAAGUUGCACGAGGUCGUCAAGGUCGUCGCUUUCAACUUGAACCGCAUCAUCGACGUCAACUACUAUCCCGUCAUCGAGGCGCAGAACUCCAACUUCCGCCACCGCCCCAUCGGCAUCGGAGUGCAAGGUCUCGCCGACGCGUUCAUGGCGUUGGCGAUGCCGUUCGAUUCACCCGAGGCGCGCAAGCUCAACAAGCAGAUCUUCGAGACCAUCUACCACGCCGCGAUCGAGUCGUCGUGCGACAUGGCGCGCGACUUUGCCAUGGCUAACCCGGGCGACCCCGGCUACUACUCGACUUACCCCGGAUCUCCGGCUUCUCAGGGCGAGUUGCAGUACGACUUGUGGGGUGUGACCCCGAGCGAUCUGUGGGACUGGUCCGAGCUCAAGGAGAAGAUUGCAAAGCACGGUCUGCGCAACUCGCUCGUCUGCGCUCCCAUGCCGACCGCGUCGACGAGUCAGAUCCUCGGCUUCAACGAGUGCUUCGAGCCGUACACUUCGUGAGUCUUAUUUCAUCAUUUCUUUUUCUGCGAUGUAUUUCCUUUUGACCGUCUACUGAUAUUGCACUGUCUGAUACGCUUAUUGCAGCAACAUCUACACGCGUCGCGUCCUUGCCGGCGAGUUCCAAAUCGUGAACCCGUGGUUGCUCCGCGACCUCGUGAACCGCGGUCUUUGGGACGAGGGCAUGAAGAACACCAUCAUCGCCCACAAUGGCUCGAUCCAGAAUGGUGAGUUUGCCCUCUGCUCACUAUCGUUCUUCUAUCGUUCUUCGCGUCUCUGCGACUCGAACUCGAGCUAAUAUCCCUUCGCAACCCGUCGUUCCAAUUCACAGUCCCCGGCAUCCCGAGCGAUCUCAAGGCCAUCUACAAGACCGUCUGGGAGCUCUCGCAAAAGACUAUUAUCGAUCUGUCGGCCGAUCGAGGCGCCUUCAUCGACCAGUCGCAAUCGCUCAACAUCCACUUGUCGAGCCCGACGAUGGCACAGCUCACGUCGAUGCACUUCUACGGCUGGAAGCGAGGACUGAAGACGGGCAUGUACUACUUGCGCACGCGCGCCGCCGUUGGUGCGAUCAAGUUCACCGUCGACCAGGACACGCUCAACAAGGCCAAGGCCGCGAACAAGCAGCAACCGGCCGUCACCGCCGCUGCUGCUCCGACGCCGGCGCCAAUUCGAAGCCCUGCCGCCGCUCCUUCGAACGCAAUGCGAGAGAUCACCAACGGCGCGUCCAAGAUCAGCCUCGCAACGCCCGUCAAGCGCGAGACCCCUGCGUCGCCUUCUUCGCCGCCUUCCGUCUCGUCCCCCGCAACGAUGGUCCCGAUCCCCGCCUUGUCGACCUCCGCUCCUCUCGGCGCCGCCGCCGCAUCGGCAAGUGGACCCACCGCCACUUCGAGCAAGGACGAACCCGAAGGCGAGAUUUCUUACGAGGAGGCGAUCCGCCGCCGCGAGGCCAAGGAGCUCGAGCAGGCCAAGUUGAUGUGCUCGCUCGAGAAUAAGGAGGCUUGCGUCAUGUGCUCGGGCUGA